AUCUGUGCAGUGGUAGAAGCAACAUCUCCUAGUUGCAGUCCGACAGCACAGCAAGCAGCAUAUUCCAUUUUUAUUUUCUGAAACGGUUCUUCUGUGACGCGACGAUGUGGAUUUACAAGCUCAUGUUCGGACUCUUCGUCAUUUCUUGUUCUGAGGGCAGAAGAAACGCUCUCCAGGACUACCAGAAGACAGAUGGUUUGCGACUGGUUGUCGAGUCUCCGGAUUCCUCCCACCUGACCAAAAGCAAGAAAAUAAGCAUGGCAAAGUGUGCCAAAGCCUGUAGCCGUAACAAAAGAUUACCUUUCAGCUGCAGAGCGUUCCUCUAUGAUCAUAAAAACAGGAAAUGCCAGUGGCUGCCGUUCGACAGGAACUCACCAGGAGUUCAGAGCCAACAGGACUUCAACUACCAACUGUAUCAAAAGAAAGACUAUGUGAGGGAGUGCAUUGUGGGUACAGGUCAGAGCUACAGGGGACGGAGGUCGGUGACAGUGAGCGGGAUCCUGUGCCAAGCCUGGGCCUCUCCUAUUCCUCAUGAACACAAAUUCAUGUCUAAGAAAUUCAGGAAGAAGGACCUCAGGGAAAACCUCUGUCGCAACCCAGACAACUCCACCGUUGGACCAUGGUGCUUUACCACUGACCCCAGCCCACACCUCAGACACCAGGAGUGUGGCAUACCACAGUGUUCACAGGUUGAAUGUAUUCACUGUAAUGGGGAAGAUUACAGAGGACCCAUGGACCACACAGAGAGUGGAAAGGAAUGCCAGCGCUGGGACCUGGAUGAUCCGCACAAACACCUGCACCACCCCAAGAGAUACCCUGACAAGGGCCUGGAUGAUAACUACUGUAGGAACCCAGACGGACGCCACAGACCCUGGUGCUUUACCACAGAUCCAAACACACCCUGGGAGUACUGCAACAUCAAAGUUUGUGAAACAACUCCUACAAGUGACGUGGUGGAAACAACCGAGUGUUACCAGGGCAGAGGAGAGGGUUACAGGGGGACGGUAGACGUGUUUCCAACUGGACUCAUCUGCCAACGCUGGGACUCUCAGUAUCCCCAUAACCACACAUUCAUACCUCAAGCCUACCCCUGCAAGGACUUGAGAGAAAACUACUGCCGGAAUCCAGAUGGCCGAGAAUUCCCAUGGUGCUUCACUACGGACCCAAGAGUCCGCACCAUGUUCUGCACCAACAUCCCUCAGUGCGGCACCCGAAACAAGCCUGGCAGCGACUGCUAUGAAGGUUUUGGAGAGAAUUACCAGGAAGAACAGUCGAGGACUAGAUCAAACCUGCCCUGUACUCCCUGGAGAGACCACAGCAACAGUGGUGAGAGGGGCAUGCUGACGGCUGGUCUGGAGGGAAACUACUGCAGGAACCCUGAUAAAGACAAACAUGGCCCCUGGUGUUACACCAACAACUCUGCCAUUCCCUGGGACUACUGCAAUGUAAAGCCAUGUGAUGCUUCGCAGAACACCAUUCCACUGGGUGAGCUAUCCUCUGUGGGGUGUUUUGUCCAUAAAACAACCAGGAUCGUGGGAGGAGGUCCGGUGGGCAUAUCAGACGGCAGCUGGAUGGUCAGCAUACAGAGAGGGUCGCAGCACUGGUGUGGGGGUUCAUUAAUACGAGAGGAAUGGGUACUCACUGACAGACAUUGCUUCUCCUCAUGUGUUCCAGACCUCAGUGAAUAUCGGGUGUGGCUGGGAGUCUCAGAUCUUCAAGAUGGUGCUCCAGACUGGUCCAGGAGACAGGAAGUGAGCAUAGCUCAUGUGAUAUGUGGUCCUGAGGGCUCCAGUUUAGCCCUCAUAAGGCUGUCCAAGCCUGCCCUUCCUGCAGACAAUGUGCAUACACUUCAGCUACCCGUGGCUGGGUGCUCCAUCCCAGAAGGAAAAAUAUGUAAAAUGUAUGGAUGGGGCGAAACAAAAGGCACUGGCCAUGAUGACGUGCUGAAAGCUGUUGACCUGCCCAUUGUCAGUAAUGUGAGGUGCAGAGAGAUGCACAGAGGGAACCUUCACAUCACCAACACCAAGAUCUGUGCAGGAGGCAGGAGGAAUGAGGGAGUGUGUGAGAGGGAUUACGGCGGCCCUCUUGUGUGUCAGGACGGUGAGAUCAGGGUUAUUGUUGGAGUGAGCGUCCAUGGCAGAGGCUGCGCUCGUGCAAACCAGCCUGGCAUCUUCAUCAAUGUGCCCUUCUACACACAGUGGAUCUACAAGGUGUUCAAACAUUACCCUAACCCUGAGACUCAGUAGAGAAGGAAACAGAACCAGGGGACUAAAUCAAAUGUAGAGCUUCUACUUCUGUAAAUACAGCUGUGCUCUCAGGACACCUGGUUUCUAUGUUGUUCAUGGCCCAUAGAUCCUUGAGAACCUGAUCUGAGCACCGUUAAAUGCAUGGGGAAACACUGUGAUUUAAAUACAUCAUAAACAGAU